UUGUGUUUGUUGAAUUUAGAUUGGCAGAGAGGGAUGAGGUAAGUGUCAUGCAGAUCUAUUACCGUCGAUUUGGUUCGCAGAUAAAGAGCAAAGUAUUCAAUUGCAUAUUUUAUCGUAAUUUCAGCUAGUGAGUUUCUAGAAAAGGCGUUAUCGGCUUACUGAAACUAGUUCAGUUAAGUUGGUAUCGUCUUUACAUCAUGCCAUAUUACAUACAGAGACUUUACAAUACUUGCAAAGCAUCGUUCUCGCCAAAUGGGCCAGUUUCCGAAGAAGCCCUGGACAAAGUUCGAACUAUGUUAGACAAAAUCAAGCCUUCUGAUGUUGGCCUCGAGCAGGAGGCUCAAUUGGUGCGUAAUUGGCCAGGUCCUAUGCUUGAACGUAAUGGGAGGCAUCAAUCUUUGGCACCAAUCAAAUACUUGCAUCUACAUGAGUGUGACAGUUUCUCUAUAGGAAUUUUUUGCAUGCCGCCUUCAUCAAUCAUACCCCUCCAUAAUCAUCCUGGAAUGACAGUUUUGAGCAAGCUUGUCUACGGUUCAUUACAUGUGAAGUCCUAUGAUUGGCUUGGUUUGCCUGAGCCUGCUGAAUCAAUGCAAGCGAGACCUGCAAAGAUUGUUAAAGAUCAUGAGAUGACAGCUCCUUGUGCGGCAACAACUCUCUAUCCCACGAGUGGAGGGAACAUCCAUUGUUUCAAAGCUAUAACUCCCUGUGCUAUCUUUGAUAUCCUCUCUCCUCCUUACUCUGCAGAUCAUGGAAGACAUUGCACUUAUUUUCGGAGGUCCCCCAGAAGGGAUCUUCCAGGUGAACUUGAAGUGAAUGGAGUGACAGUCUCAGAAGUUGCUUGGUUAGAAGAGUUUCAACCCCCUGACAACUUUGUGAUUCGGAGAGGGCUGUACAAGGGUCCGGUUAUUAGAACUUGAGAAUUGUUGAUUUGGUGUACCAUCCAUUCUAAUGAUAUUGGCUCUUCAACUUAUGGAAAAAUAGAGGGGAAAUUGUUUAUGGUUUGUCAAUAGCCUAGGCAAUAAUUAAUUUUUGGGCCAUGUAAUUGAGGCAUUGGGUUUGUACAUAUUAUUACUGCCAAUGUAGUCCUUUGAUUUACUGACCUCACCCUUUAUUAGUGAGAUAGCGACUUGAAAGUUGAGAAGAGCUGUUGCCGGAUUAUAUUCUUGUUUGAAUUUGUUUGUUCAAUGACAAUUAGCAGUUGAUAUA